AUACAAACAUGCAUGCAUAUGUAUAAUAAUUGUAAUAAUGAAUAUUAAUAAAUAUUCUCUUGUAAUUAAUUAAAAGAAGAUAAAUUAAAUAAGUAAAAUACGAUAUUCAACUACAUAAAUAUAUAUAUUUCAGCGGGUUUACAAAGGGGAAAAAAUCACAAAUUUAAAUAAAAAUUACAAAAAUGUAAAAAAGUAAAAAAAAAAAUUAAUGAGGGUAUAUAAAAAAUUGUAUGCAUAUUACUAAGAGAAUAACUAAUAAAAUUAACUUAAAAAUAUAUAUAUACUAUUAAUAAGCUACACUUGUAACAAUAGCACUGUUUAAUUUGAAAACGAAUGAAAAGUAUAAUAAAAAAUAUACGAACAUUUAUUAAGUUGCAUUAAUUCUACACAUUUUACAGUUAAGCAUAGAUUUUCAGAAAUAUUUUCUCAUUGCCCUGCAUUAAAUGAAAAUAUUUUAUGAUUUCAUAUAUGAUUAUUACUAUUUACGACUACGUUAUGCCCAUACAAAUAAAAUAUAAAUUAAAACGAGAAGAAAAGCCUUGAUGGGCUGCACAGGUACUAACAAAUUUACCGCCGUGAGAGCUAGGCCUUGUACUCGUAUUAUCAUUCUAUAAAGAAAGAAUUGAGAACCGUUGAGCUAAAGAAUUUUCAUCCAAAGACCGAAGUAUUCGAAUUUCCGACUAUUUAAAAAAAUAUAAUUUUACCCGGAAAUCUCAAUUAAAGAUAAAAAUCAAGCAAAAAGUCUUCAUUUUGUUCUAAGAAAUUCCCGACAACUUUUUAAAUAUUUUUCUAAAAUUGAUCAAGUUUGUUGCUUAAGUCUUUUGUUUUAAGCGCGAAACAAAUAUAAAAUGCUUACUUACUUUUAAGCGCGCCGUCUAUGGGUGGACUGUUGUGACAGCUUUAACGAUAUCUAAAUAGUAUGGCAACCACCACAAGAAAGGAGUUGUCAUUUGUUUUGUAAACAAAGCGUAGGGUCAACCAUAACAACAUAAACAACCACCUUAAGCACAAAAGCACAACGGCUAGGUGCGAGAAAUAAACAUAACAACGGAUAAUGUAACCGGUUUGUCAAAAGUUUAUAAAGUAGGUGCAACAACAUUAAAUAAGACGCAUAAUUUAUUAAAAUUUGUCCGUUGUAAAGUUAUUAGAAAAAAUGUCAAUAAAACGCGCGCAAUACGAUAGUAAAUGUUAUUGCAGCAGUGUUGCGUCAACAUGUUGCAGCAAUACUCAUGUAAAUUGCAUCAAGCGCAAAACAACUGGCAGCGGAAGUAUUUUCAGUGUUGCAAGCAAACGCGAUAAACAGAUUUCUAAUACAAGAACAGCGACGAAGAAUAGACAAAAUACAGAUUUUGUUAAAAUAAAAAGAAAAACAACUCUGCCCGCCGAGGUCAACAAAAAUCGUCGCGGACUCGGUCAUACCAAUUUACAAAACACCACUAAUUUUAGUCGACGCAAUUCCGCCGCAACCACAGUAACAUUUUCCACGCCUUGCGCAACGCCAGCCUCGUUCAGUUCAAAUGCAACCGCGCCCUCGUUCGAAACGCCGUCGCCGUCUCCACUGUCCACAUCUACAGCCACAAUUUUAAAGAAUUUGCCCGUAAGUAUGUCAACGCUGGGCGAUAACUUCAGCGCGCUGAGCGUUUCGUCAAAAAGUGAUCGCGGCAGCGUUUGCAGCGACGCGCUGCCGCACGAAUACACCGAGCAACGACGCUUCUACGAGAGCGCAAAGCAGUUAAUGAAGUUGAUAGCCACACAGGGUGACAACUAUGCCGCGCUGAAUCUUAUCAGCGGCAGCGGUGUUGACGGUAUUGCUGCCACCGCUUGUGUGCGCGACGCGGAAGUGGACGCGGAACGCUUGCGGCAAUUACAAGAAUUUCGUUUGAAAAAUGCUGAAGACUGCUUCAAUGUACACCGGCGGUUAGAUUUGCAUUUGCCGAUGCGUAAAAACACAUUGACGCCCGAUGGAAUGGAGCAACUGGUGUGUAAAUUACAACGGGAGACUUUAUCGCCGAUGCAGGGUAAGAUAGAGAGCUCAGGCACAAACGGCGUAAAAAGCGCAGUGGUUAAGGAGAGCGCGAAGAAAUCACAGCGUACUACAAUUACUCCAUAUGCGGCGCGUCAACGAUUAUUAAAACUACGCUUGGAGGCAGAGGAGUUGAAACGCGCGAAACCUGGUCCUAAGUAUCGUCCAUUGGAAAAAAGUUGUGCAUUGCGUUAUCAGGAGACUUACUAAUCGACCACUGACGAGCAACUAAGAGUAU